UGUGCUAAAUGACCAUAAUUUUACAAUACACCGUGUCUCCAUAUGCGUAAAUGACCUUUCCUUGUAAUAAUAAUUAAAAGAAAAAAAAAAAAAGAAUUAAGCGUAAUUUCAAUUUGUCAAAACCCAGCAAUCUUCGCCGCCUGAACAGUUCGCCGUUAAUUUGGUGUACAAUUAAAUUAUCCCCCAAAAUUUUCACAUACAUCAAACACUUUAGCGCGUCUUUGCAAAACCUCUUGAAUUACACCACGAUGACACCGCCACCCAGCCCCUUGAAUUGAACAACGCCGCGAGACGAUACAUAUGGAUAUCACCACCGCCUCAUCCUCCGCCUCCGCUUCUUCAGAGUCGCUCAUUCUACGAGCUCUAAUCGAUAGAGGCUGGCGUUUCAGAGACACUGAACGAAUUCGAGGACUCAUUACAGAUCAGUUAUCGAUUACGUCCACUGUCGAUUCUAUUGAAAGAGAGGUUCUCAACUUGGACUUGAGAUCAAUUGGUGGGCCCGAACCUUCUCUUCUUCGCAAAACUUCCCAUCUUCAGGGCCCUAUUGUUCUUCAGGUUUGCUCAAUUAGGGAUAUUUCCCGAAGUAGUGUAGCUGAUGCUGCAGGAAAUUCGGGUAACAGACGGUUAUUAAGGUUGAAGCUCACUGAUGGAUAUUCCGAAAUAACUGCUGUUGAGUACUCUAAUGUGCCAUCAAUUACUGAAGAUGUUAGCCCCGGGACUAAGGUCCGAGUGCAGGGUAAAGCUCAUAUUUAUAGCAGCAUUUUGUGUUUGAACGAAAAGACAAUUACCGUUUUAGGGGGUGUUGUUCAGUCACUUAAUGAAGAAUGGCUAUUGAAGCGCAAGUAUAUGGAUGUUCCACGCAACACCUUAAGGCUCUCGCAAGAAAAUUCAUCAGAUUGUCCUCCACCUUUUGAAAAGCUCCAAAUUCGGGCAUCGGUGCAAGGAACUAAAGGAAUGCAUGCUUCUGCACACACUACAGGGUUUUCUGCUACAUCAUCGAAGGACUUGAGACAAAGUAUGGCUGUAAAAGGUGAAUCUUCAAAUUUGAGUGACACUUCCCGGUUCCUGAAAAAUAAUGCAACCAUGGAUAGCGUAACUAAUGAUGCCAAGCUGCUUCACAAUGUUGGUGAGAACACUGAAAAACCAACCGCCCCAGCCAGACCAAAAGUAACUGCAUCUGUACCUGUUCAAAAUCAAGUGGCUGCACAGAAACUUCUCCAGAAAACAACAGGUCAGCAGAAUUUUUCUAGAGGUCAGAGGCAUAAUAGGGAAAGGUUUCAAGAGGAAGAAUCAUCUUUGAUGACUCUCGAUGAAUGGGAAAGAAGAAGAACAAGAACAGGAAUUGAUCUUCCAACAUCACACGACCAUUCUAAUAUCCGUCAAGACGAGGAUCUUGCUAGACAACUGCAGGAGCAAUUUGAUUUGGAAGAUAUUCAUGGACAAGAGGGUCCUCAAGUGACGGAGGCUAAAAGUAUACAAAUGAGCAUGUUCAAUUUUGAAAGAGAUGACGCCAAUUCUUUCGGUGGAACCGAAUUUAGAGGCAGGGGAAGGGGCAGAGGAAGAGGAAGAGGAAGGGGAAGGAGAGGUGGCGGUAGAGGUAGAGGUCACUUUUAAAUCAUUUUUUUCCCGAUUUCCUUUCCCUUUCCUCUUUUUGUUUGCAGACUACACUGUUUAACUUUGAAUAUUCAAUUUGCGUAUUUUAGCAUAAGCGGAUCGAACAAUAGGUACAUAUUAAUUUACAAACUGCAGUAUCCCUAGUUUUAGCUGAUCUCUUUCUCGUUGA